GUUUGCAAUGCUGAAUUUCCAAGAAGAAAUUGUGAGCGAGCUGGUCCAGGAGAACGCCCUGGCUGUCGUCGCCGCGGGCCUCGGUCUCCCAUCCAUCCUCGCCGCUCUCGUUCGCUUGCAUUCCUCCUCCAGUGGCGUCCUCUUCCUCCUGUCGGUGCCGGAUGACCUACGCAGAGGUCUGCGCGACGAGCUCCAGGCGCAAGACAUUGGAGCGGAGCAGCCUGUGGAGAUCAACACGCAGUUCACGGCGGCGGAGAGGGCGGAGAUGUAUUCCAAGGGCGGCGCCUUCCUUGUCACGUCUAGGAUCCUUGUGGUGGACAUGCUCAACGAGAGAGUCCCCUUCCACAAGGUAGCGGGGAUUAUUGUGAAUAAUUCGCACAGAAUGACCGAGACGUGUGCAGAGGCUUUCAUCGUCAGGCUCUACCGAUCCAAGAACAAGGCAGGCUACGUGAGAGGCAUCUCGGACCAAGCUCGAGGCCUCACUUCCGGAUUCAUGAAGAUGGAGAGGGUGAUGAAGAGUUUGCUGGUUAAGAAGCUCAAUCUCUGGCCUCGAUUCCACCUCUCCAUCGCCACCGCGCUGGAGGAGAGCCCUCCCGACGUGGUGGACAUUCGAGUUCCUCUCACCCCCAGCAUGCUCGCUAUACAAAACGCCAUCCUCGAAGUGAUGGACGCUUGCUUGAAGGAGCUGAGGAAGACCAACAAGGUGGACGUGGAGGAUCUCACCGUGGAGAAUGGCCUCUUCAAGUCGUUCGACGAGAUCGUUCGCAUGCAGCUGGAUCCCAUUUGGCAUACCAUUGGAAGAAAGACGAAGCGGCUCGUUGCCGACCUGAAGACGCUGAGGAAGCUUGCGGAGUAUCUCAUACGCUACGAUGCGGUCACCUUUCUCAAGUACUUGGACACGGUGCGAGCCUCGGAGGGUGUCAAGUCGGUCUGGGUUUUUGCGGGGCCUGCUCACCGGAUCUUUGAGCUGGCGAAACGGAGAGUUUAUCAGAUUGUGAGGACGGAUGGAGAACAGGUGGAAUCUUUAGUCAAGCAAGCAAGCCCAGCUGUGAGCAAAGGAAAAGCUCAGAGCAAGAACAAGAGGAGAAGAGAACAAGAGGAAGAGGAGGCAGACGCCAAAGUUUCUGGAAAGGGAGUGGAAUUGGAAGUUGUUGCAGAAGAAAUGCCCAAGUGGAAAGUCUAUAAGGAAAUUUUAGAGGAAAUACAGCAAGAGAUACAGAGCCGCCCUGCAGACUUGCCAGAAGAUUCCUGGAAAAGUGAAGCUCGUGUUCUGGUGGCUUGCAAGGAUGAGCGCACUGCCUGGCAGCUUCAACGUUUUAUUUUGAAAGGACCGGAAGAGCUUAUGCGAGAGGAGUGGAAUAAUUAUUUACUGGCUAAGGCGGAACUUCACGGUAUGACCCUGCGAGACAAAAAGAAAAGCCGCUCAAAACCUCAAGCUCAACCUCAGAGUGCUCAUGGCCUCGUCGAGCAGACUGCUCUUCUUGCUGCAUGCGCUGAAGUCGUAGCACUGAAUAAAAUGGAGGAGUCCAGCGAGGCCGGUACUUCGGGCAAACGUUGCAAAGGAAAGGGGAAAAGAAAGAAAAGGCCCGACAACACAGAGCAGCAAGUUUCGGAAGAGCCUGUGAUUCCUUUGCAAAACACUGGAGCAACAGACAUGUCUUUGGAAAACGUCGGUGCAUCAUCGCUUGUUCCUCCAGUUCAGUAUUAUGCUUUGGAAAGUGACCAGUACCGGAUACUGGACACUACAGGGCCUUCUUACGUGAUUGUCUACGAUCCAGACAUGAAGUUUGUCAGGGAAAUGGAGGUUUUCAAGGCCAAACAUCCACAGAGACGUCUGAAAGUAUAUUUUCUGUUCUACGAGGAGUCCACUGAAGGAAAGAAGUUUGAGGCAAGCAUCCAACGUGAAACAACGGCCUUUGAAACGUUAAUCAGGCAAAAGGCAUCGAUGAUCAUUCCUGUUGAUCAGACAUUGGAUGUGCCAAGUCCUCAAGCACCUAGUUCAGUCUCUUCCAGGAAAGCCGGAGGAAGGAAAAAUAUGGAAAAGCAUAUGCAGAUUGUGGUCGACAUGCGUGAAUUUUCUAGCAGUCUUCCUUGUGUGCUGCAUCAACAAGGCAUGCGGAUUUUGCCAGUGACACUAGAAGUUGGGGACUACGUUCUGUCGCCAGAAAUUUGCGUAGAACGCAAAAGCAUUGCGGACUUGUACGCGAGCUUUUCCUCUGGCAGACUGUAUCAUCAAGCCGAGACGAUGACACGUUAUUACAGACUCCCCGUCCUUCUCAUAGAGUUCUCACAAGACAAAAGCUUCUCCUUACAGUCUGCAAACGAAGUUGGAGAUGAUAUUGUGCCUGCAAAUAUCGUGUCCAAGAUGUCUUUGCUGGUUUUGCACUUUCCUCGUCUUCGGAUAGUAUGGUCCCGCAGUUUACAUGCGACGGCGGAGCUGUUUGCGACCUUGAAAGCAAACCAAGAUGAACCCGACGCUGAACGGGCUAUGCGUGUUGGCGUUCCAACGGAAGAUGGGCUCAUCGAAGGCGAUGUCCGAGCCGAGAAUUACAACACGACCGCAGUGGAGAUGCUACGUCGUCUGCCUGGAGUCACAGAUGCCAAUUACAGAACAAUCAUGGACGGCUGUAAGAGCCUGGCGGAGCUCAGCAUUAUGCCUUUUGAGCAGCUGGCUGAGCUGAUGGGUGGCCAAAGGCCUGCUCGUAUGCUCCGGGAUUUUCUCGACGCAAAGUUCCCAACGCUUUAGAGCAAGGGAAGGAGAAAUGCUUGCCAAGUUGGUCCUUUUAUUCCUACUUUCUCUCCUUCCCAGUUUCAUCAGGCUGUUUGUCUUCUCACUCCUUACAAGCUACAACCCUCCGGCCGCCUCGAUCCUAGAGAGCCGAUCUCCCCCCAUAAUUCACAAAGGUUAAGCUUUUAGCGUUUUUCCAACGCUCUCUUACUGUCGCUCUCUCGCGCAGGGAAGAUUACGAAGAAUCUCCCGCUAGAAAAGGCAGUACGGUACGUCGAUCUCGCGCUAAGUUGACUCCAAACGCUCGGAAAACAAGGCUUUGUUUUGUUCGUAGAGGGCUCAGCAGCUUUUCUUCCACAGGCACUGUCAAUGCGGCCAAGAUUCCUACGGAUCCCGUCCGUACGUACGCUCCCCAUGCAUGAUGGGUAUGACCAUAUGGCGCACGCAUGGAUGGGAUGUAUGGUGAUGAUGACGCGUGUCCCUUUAACUUAAAUGAAGUUAAAAAGUUAGGUGGGGGAUGGAAUAUUCUCCACCCUCUUUA